AUGCAACGCCUGCUCCGUGUGGCGACCGUCCUCGCCAUCUUCCUCGCAUCCGCCGCCACAUGCAAGAGCAGCAGCAGCAGCAGCGACUUGCUCCUCGAAGGCGUCCGGCUCCACAUGGACGUGGGCGCCUUGGAUGAGGCCAAAGCCAUCUACGCCCGCGUCGUCGCCGAGAAUCCGAUGGCCGCCGAUGCGUGGCAGCUGCUUGGCGCCGUAGCUGUGCAAGAAGGCGACUUGCCCUCGGGCGAGAUCCACUUUGCGCACGCACUGGCGCUCGAGACAGACCCAAAGAAGACGGCGAUGCUGCACUGCAACCUCGCAGAGACCCGGCGCUUGCAAAAAAAACACGACGCCGAGACCUUGGACCAUGCAAGGACGGGCAGUGGCGUCGCGCCGACAGAGUUUUGUCGCGUCGUGCUCGCCAAGGUGCUUUUGGACCGCAGUGAACCGCGCCUUGCGAUACCGCACCUGCAGGCCGUCGUCGCCGCCCGGGAUACGCACGUAGAGGCGUGGUAUCUGCUCGGUCGCGCAUGGUUGAGCCUCGCGGUCUUGGACGAAGCCGCGAGCGCGUUUCAUCGCCUACUUGCUGCGCCUGGUCCACUCGCUGUGGAGGGCUAUGUGGGGCUUGGUCAAGUCUAUCAAACUUUGGGGGUGCUCCACGAAGCGAUCUCGUACUACCAGCGCGCGCUGGAGCUCCACCCGACCCACUUUGAGGGCCGCAUGGGCUUGGCGACUGCGCGGCAUCAACACGGACGUCUCGACGACGCGAUGCACGUCUACGCGAGCUUACUCGAGCAGUCGCCAGCGCACGUCGGGGUGCUGAAUAACCUCGGCGUGGCGCUUCUGUACCGAGGCGACGGAGACGCGGCAGCAGCGUACUUUCAUCGGGCGCUCGCAAUCGAGCCUGGCCAGCUGCAGAGCCUCGGGAACCUCUACAUCUACUACGCCGACCUCGGCGACGUGGCUGCAGCACGCGCGAUGGCCGAGACAGCGUACAAGCAGAGCCGCAACGACAUUUUUAGACUGCAAGCGGCGCUGGUGCUACCGCCUGUGUACGCGACGCACGACCAGCUGCUCGCGACACGCGCGGCGCUGCAUGCCUCUUUGGACGCCUUCGUGGCCGACAACAUGGCGCUUUCGGAUUUUUACAAUACGGAGCUGCGCCCGCCCUUUUACUUGGUGUACCACGGCAAGAACGACCGCCCUCUACUCGAAAAGCUCGCAACGCUCUAUCGACGCGCCGUACCGCAGCUCUCGUGGCGAGCGCCGCAUGUCGCUACCCCGCGGCCACAAAGCUGCAUUCGCGUCGGCUUCAUGUCCAAGAGCUUCGUUACCAACCACGCGCAUGGCCUCCUCCUGCGUGGCGUGCUCGCUGGCUUGGACCGCGCCGUCUACUGCGUCUACCUACUGGUGGUACCGUCGGUCGCCGAGGCGCCAGACCCGUCGCUUGUCGCGGCCGUCGACCAUGUGGUGCCGCUGAGCCUGCACCUCCUCGAUGUCCAGCGCGAAGUGGCGGCGCUAACCCUGGAUGUGCUCGUGUUUGCCGACAUCAUGAGCGACCCGGUCAACUACUUUACGGCCUUCGGGCGGUUGGCGCGCGUCCAAGCUCUCUUUUGGGGCAACCCGACAACGUCUGGUAAUGCGGCGAUCGACUACUUCGUCUCGAGCGAGCUCCUCGACGCCGCCAUGGACCCGGAAGAGACCGAAGACGGCGACCACUACACGGAGCAAGUCGUCUUGCUGCCGGGGUUGGGCAUUUGGUACGACCCGCCGCCGCUGCCAACGACGCCUGGUCGUCGGAGCGACUACAACCUCGACGAUCACUGGACGAUCUAUGUCUGUGCGCAGAGUGUCUUCAAGAUGCAGCCAGAGUUCGAUGUGGUCUUGGCCGCAAUCUUGGCGCGUGACCUCAAUGGCCACAUCGUGCUCGUGCAGGGCCGCCGCGCGACGUGGACCGCGCAGCUGGUCGCCCGGUUGCGAGCAACCCUACCCCGCGCCUCGUUCGAGCGCCUGCACCUCGUCCCGCGCGUGGCCGGGCACGAGGCGUACAUGCGCCUCUUGUCAAUCGCGACCGUGGUGCUGCAUCCCUUUCCGUUUGGCGGCUCCAAAACGUCCGCCGAGGCCCUCGCGCUCGGGCUGCCGUUGGUCGUGCGCGACGCGACGCACUUGCGCGCCCGCAUGGCGCCCGCUACGGACGCGUACAUUGCGCUGGCGCUGCGGCUCGGCACCAACGCCACGUACCACGCCGAGGUUGCCGGCGCGAUCACGGCACGGACACCGCUGCUGUGGCGUGACAAGCAGGUCGUCGUCGAGUGGGACCGGUUCCUGUUCAACGCCGUACGGCUCUCGGCGCUCGACGAGACGUAG